AUGCCCACCCUCAAGCAGAUCACGACUAGCAUCGAGCUCGGCUCGGGCGACACGCGCCUCAAGGAGUACGAUCAUCGCUUCACUGACGGCGCCGUCGAGUGCUUCAUCCUCGCGCCGGAGACGGACAUUCCUUUCCACGUGCGCAUCACCACCAGCGGAUACAUUGCGCCAGGUCUUGCGGCGUACGUCUUCAUCGAUGGUGAAUACCAAUGCAAUCGAAAUCGACUUUGCCUUGAAGUGCCAGGGGAUGGAGUGGAUCCCGUGGAGUACGAGAUCGAUCUCAAACUCCGCCAGAAAGAGGAGAAGACGUCGGAUGGUUGCUUCGUGGCGCGAGAUUGGUUCUUCACGCCGCUGAAGACUGGUAUCGCCGAUAGCGAGCCGAACGCAUCCCGGAACUGGUCGAAGAAUGUAGGCACCAUCGAAGUGAUUGUCCUGCGCUGCAAGCAAGGCGGUGAGAAGGAGACAGGCAUCGACCCGGCGGAGACUGUAAUCGCUACAGUACCGUCAGCAGGAAGAGACAUACUUCGAGCGAUCAACAAAAGCUCAGCACCACCCAAGCAACCGACGUCCAAGGAUAAGGAGCAAUCGAAGGACUCCAAACCGAAGGCAUCCUCAAAAGCACCAUCCAAGGCGCCCUCCAAAAAGGGCUCAGUGGUCAUGAGUGAUGUUGGCUUCGGCGGCAUGAUGGGACUAUUUGACGGCGCAGGCGACGAGCCCGGAUAUUACAAAAAGUAUCGACCAAGGAACAUGGUCGGGCAACCCUACCUUCCAGGCCAUCGCUUCGACGACACAACUGGACGCUAUCGUUACUACGAAGAGGAGGAUCCGUUUGUCAGGGGUGAUUCUCGUGCGCGACACGAGCAGGAGCAACGAGCUCCGGAUCAUCGAUAUGAGCCAUACACAUACACUGUGGGAGGCGGAUUUGACGACAACGACAGAACGCCGUCAACUCGCAGCGGCCCGAAACGAGUUGUACCACGGACGUCCCCAUCUCCUGUCAUAGACGAAAGCAAGCGUAGACGAGGACGAGGUGUAGUGUUCGACAUUCCGACUCGAAGCUCGUCACAUCAUAACAUCACCCGCCGUGCGCAAUCUCCUGACAAACCCAGAGGACGUUCACGCCAACCACACCGCAGCUCCGUCUUCAUCGACGAAGCGAGUGAUCACAUGCAAGUCCUGCAACGCAUUGCAUUCGAAGAAGCAGAAAAGUACGACGCACUGUGGGAGGACAUCGACACUUUCAAAACGCGCGAGGAUGCUCACAAAGGCAUGAUGACGACGCUGAGGCGCAAGUACGAUGAGAUCCAAGCGGUUCUGGAUGAGCUUCGUGAUCUCAACGCUUCCAUCUCUGCUUGUAUGGAGGACAUGAAUCGCAUGGAGUGGAAGCAGACUUACGAUACGCUAUUUGAUAAGGGUCUUGUGCCAUCGCCCAGGAUCGCUCUGCGUCAUCCCGAUGGAGAGAAAGCCGAUGCAGAGAAGGAUGAUAAGGAGAAGAAGAGCGAUGGUUGGGAGCAGGUGGGUGAUGGUGCAGUGGGUGACAAGGACAAGCCGGCAGAUAACAAUGGCUGGGACAGCAGCAGCCACCAGAACGAUUCGGCUGAGAAAGCCAAUGAUGGAUGGAACCAAGACGAAAACAAGUCCAACAAGUCCAACAAGUCCAACAAUAAUGCUGACUGGGGCGGUGGUGAUCAAAAGUCGAACGGAUCGAAGAAGUCAAACAGUGGUGGUUGGGGUGAUGAGAAGAAGGACGAGCAACAGAACGGUGGCAAUGAUGGUUGGGACAAAGAUAAUGAUGACGCCGGUAAUAACGGAGGCAAUGCUUGGGGUGAUGCGCCCGCCGACAACGCAGCAGAAAACAACGACGAAUGGGGCGAGAAGAAGAGCGACAAGCCCAAGUCAGGCAGCAAAGCCGCCUCCAACCACCGACCCUCCAAAUCCACCACCGGUCGUAGCACCACCUCGACCUCCUCCACCGUCCAACCCCACGCCGAAAUCAAACCCUACUGGAAAUCCUGGGCCACCAAACCCGCAGCCGCAUCCAAACUCCGCCUCCCCUUCCGCGAUCCCUACAAGUAUCCCGCGCCGCCCACGCCGGCCGUGCCCGCCUCCAAAGCAAAGGACAUCAAGUACGGUGUGCAAGCGGGUCGUGGAGCGGACUACGCACACAAGCACUAUCGCCCAGAAUAUCUCGACUCGAUGGAGAAGCCGUACGCGGUGUUCACGUUCAAGUAUCGGAGUCGAGAGGCGUUGGAGAAGAUUGUCGGAAAGGGAAAAGUGAGGGAGGGAGGGAUUGGGGAGGCGGAGAAGGUGGCGGAGAAGGAGAGGUUGAUGAGGACGCCGAAGGAUGAGUUGGUGGCGGAGUUGUUGAGGAAGAGAGGCGUGCCGGAGAAAAAGGCGCUCUCGAGAGUGGCGGCUUCGAAGGUUAGUGCUGCAGAUGAGGUGAGGGCUACGAGGGAGGGAGUGGCGAAGGCGAGGUCGAAGGCUGGGUCGAAGAAGGGUGACGGUGACGGAUGGGGAACGCCAGCGAAAGCUGAUGAUCCAUGGGCACCGGAAAGUGAUGGCGGGAAGUCAAAUGCGAGCUGGAGCAAGCCAGUCGAACCGAAGGACUCGGUGAGCCAGGCGGAUUGGGGUAAGGCGAAGAGUAAAACACCGAGUAAGGCGGGGACUGUGGAGCAUUGGAAUGCUGACGAUGGAGGUCUGGAGACGACCGGAAAAGGCAACGCCGGGUGGUGA